AUGCCACGCACCCGCGGGGACAAGGGGACCCCCAAGGACACGGAGCCCCCGCAGAAGGGGAAAGGGGGGGGCGAGGCGGGGGAGAACCCCCCCAAAGCCCCCGAGGAGCCCCCCGCCCACAAGAAUUCCGGCUCCGAGUCCCGGCACGGCGGCCACGGGCAGAAGAGCGGGAAGAAGGGCUCGGGGGACCCCCACGCCGCGGCCACCAAGACCUACUCCCCCUUCCUCAACACCGUCUUUGGCAAGGAGCGGGAGCUGUCGCCGGAGGAGCUGGAUGAGCUGCUGGACGCCUUCAAGGAGUUCGACACGGACCAGGACGGGUACAUCAGCUACAAGGACCUGGGCGAGUGCAUGCGCACGCUGGGGUACAUGCCCACCGAGAUGGAGCUCAUCGAGAUCUCCCAGCACAUCAAGAUGAGGAUGGGCGGGCGCGUGGACUUCGAGGACUUUGUGCAGAUGAUGGGGCCGAAGCUGCGGGAGGAGACGGCGCACAUGGUGGGCGUCAGGGAGCUCAAGAUCGCCUUCCGUGAGUUCGACAUGAACGGGGACGGGGAGAUCAGCACGGCCGAGAUGCGCGAGGCCAUCGCGGCCCUGCUCGGGGAGCAGCUCAAGGCGCAGGAGGUGGACGAGAUCCUGCAGGACGUGGACCUCAACGGGGACGGGCACGUGGACUUCGACGAGUUCGUCAUGAUGUUGUCCUCCCGGUAACGGGGCCUCCGGGCAGGAGGAGACCCCCCAGAGCCUCAUCAGCUGCUCUUGCCCGACCUCUCUGCCACCCUUAGGGCUCAGAGCCAGCAGCUGGA